GGCGUGGCGCCAGUCCGCCGCCCGCACGCAGCCUCCGCGGACGCUCCGUCGUCCUUGCGGUUAAUCUGCACGCGUCAAAUUGCCCUCGCUAUUGUUAACGAAUACCUUGAGUAUAGGGAUAUUGGAAUUAUUAUAAAGGCUUCCGACGCGAUUAACCCACCUGUGGCAACAUAAGUUUUCCUUCAAUUCAAAACUCUCUGUAAAACAAUGCGUAUGUGACUUUGAAGGUUUAAAGUGAUGUGAAUAAAAUGAGUGGUUGACGUGUUUGCAAUGCCGGGGUGUUGGCAUUUACCUGAACACGUGACCAGGUGGUGGCUGCUGGACGUCUGCACACAGCGGUUGUUUGGCGAUGCAGAUGCUACGGAUUCCCAGAUACCGCAACAAGCAGGCGGGACGGGUACGGGAGGCACGGCCACCACAGGGCCAGGUCGUGCAGCCCGCGCCCGCGCCUUGGAGCUGGCUCAGCAACUGGCCAGCUCGCUGCAGCACGCGGUGCCGCCACCCCCUCGGCCGGACUUCACUACCGCCAGUGCCAUAUUGCGGUGGCUUCAACAGAACAACAACUCCGUCGCUCUAAUUAUCUUGGGUCACGUUGAGUAAAUCAUCAACAAACAGUGAAGGAAAUCAUCUUUCGCGUUCUUGGUGAGAUUUCGUGGCUUUCAGUGUUUGUGUAAUCUCUUGUUAAAACUCGUUUAUUAACCAAAUUAUUUUGAUUAACUCUCAAAUUUGUGACUACUCAUUAAACUGGUUAUUUCUACCCCAGAUUCCUCGUGGGAAUAGGUUGUAUAAUUAGGAACGGCCCUUAAGAACUGGGUUAGUUGAGUUUGUUGUUGUUCCGUUAUGACUUUGGCGUGGUACGUGGCAUGUCGUACUUGGAUAAUUUUGUGUGAUUAUGGCCCUGUGCAUUGUAAAAUAUUUAACAUUAAUUUCACAAGGUACGAAGCACUCGCCGCAGACUAGUUCCAGGUGAACGCGCGUUCCAUUAGCGCUAAUUAGAAUUUCUCCAAGCCUCCCACUCCCUCACACUCGCGACCCGUGUUUCACGCCUCUUAUCUUUACCAAUAAUAAAAUCGUUCUAACUUAACGAUUGGAAUGGAAUUUCCAAGGAGUCUGUUUGGCCUAUUUAAAAUUGACGGUACCGCAACCAACCGUAUUUAUAUGUACAUUUCCGGAAUUUUCUUGUUCCAUCGUGCUGGGGGAAGCGUUGUGUCAUAUACUUUCAGUGAUUGACUAGGCAGCUUACACGCGUAUUACAGCAAAACUUAUUACUGAGAAGAAAAUAUGUGCAUCCUGGUUUUUGUAAGGAAACAAAAUGGAAGUGUGUGCGGUGCCAAGUAAUGAACUGGAGCUCAAAAUAAUUAAAACUGUCUAUUCUUGCAGUUUCAUGUGGAGUAUUGUUGUGUUGUAGUUAUAAUGACACUGCAAAUUAAGCGCUCGAAGAGCUUGUGAGCUAAUGAGUCGUUGCUUUGUGAAAAGGUAGCAAUUACCAUUGCUUU